AUGAAAGAUCUAAUGGUUAAACAUGUGAACGAAGGUAGAAAACCAGGAGCAACAGUGGUAAAUUAUAAAACACCUGAAGAAUUACAAGAAUUGAUUGAUUUAAAUUUGGAAUAUAGUGGAAUUAAUGUUGAAGGUUUGAUCCCAUUAAUACAAAAUAUUCUACAUUACAGUGUAAAUACUUGGAAUCCGGGAUUUAUGGAUAAAUUAUAUGCUGGCACCAAUCCUGUUGGAAUUAUAUCAGAGAUGUUAAUAACUUUAUUGAAUGCAAAUUCACAUGUAUAUCAUGUAUCCCCAGCUCUCACAAUAAUUGAAAAUACGGUAUCAAAGGAAUUGGCUAAAUUAUUGGGAAUGGGAGGAAUAACAUGUCCCGGUGGUUCAUUCUCAAAUCAAUUGGCAAUGAUAACUGCACGAAAUCACAUGUUUCCUGAGAUCAAAACUAAGGGUUAUUUUAAUUUUGGCAAAAGACUAUUAGUGUUCACUUCUUCUGCAGGUCAUUAUAGUAUUGAGAAAACUGCUAUGUCAUUAGGAUUGGGUACUGAUAGUGUAAUUAAAGUGUCUUGUGAUGAGAAAGGAAGAAUGAGAGUAGAUGAAUUAGAACUUCUCAUUAAAAAAUCAAUACAACAAGGUGAUAUUCCAUUUUUUAUUAAUGCUACUGCUGGUACAACAGUUUUGGGAGCAUUUGAUCCAUUACAGGAAAUAGGAAAAAUAGCAAAACAAUAUAACAUAUGGUUUCAUGUUGAUGGAUCAUGGGGUGGAAGUUUGGUAUUUUCUAAAAAACAUAAAUAUUUACUUGAUGGAACAAAUUUAGCUAAUACAUUAGUAAUAAAUCCUCAUAAAAUGCUAGGUACACCAUUACAAUGUUCAUUUUUGCUUGCUCAAAAUUCUCAAAUUUUUGCUCAAUCAAAUUCUUUGGAUGCUGAAUAUUUAUUUCAUAAAGAAAAAAAUGAUAUUGGUGAAGGUACAGUAGGAUGUGGUCGAAAACCUGAUGCAGUGAAAUUAUUUAUUGGAUGGAAAAUAUUUGGUAUUGAAGGAUAUCAAAAAAGAAUUGAACAUGCAUUUAUAAUGAGUAAACAUUUAUUAAGAAGAUUAAAAAAUCACAAAAGAUUUAGAAUGGUAUUAGAAGAACCUGAGAAUUUACAAGUUUGUUUUUGGUAUAUACCAGAAGAAAUUGAGGAAUUUUGGUUAAAUGAAAAAUAUAAAAAAUAUAAUAAUUUGAAAGAAAUAAUAAUAAAAAAUAAUAAUGAACAAUUAAAAAAUUAUGAAAAUUUAAAUAAUAAUCAAGAAAAUUAUUUUAAAAAUUACAAAUUAUUUAAAUAUAAAUUGUCAAAAAUUACCAAAGAAAUACAUUUAAAAAUUAGAAGAAAUGGAAAAUAUUUAUUUGAUUAUUCACCAAUAACUUUAGAAAAUAUAGAAUUACCUUUAUUUUUUAGAAUUGUAAUUAAUUCACCCACCAUUAAUGAAAAACUUUUAGAUAGUUUAUUAGAUCAAAUUGAAAUUGUAGGUAAAUCUGUGAUGGAAUCUUUAAAUGAUAAUGAUAAUAGAAUUAAUCAAAUUAAUGAAUAUACAACUGAUAUUAAUUAA